AGCACAGACGCCUGUGUUCGCCGUGCGAACCACUGUCAGAACAUGUUCUCACUCGGCCAGACCAUGGAGUUCCUCAUAGGGAACCCAUUUUCAACGCCCGUCGGCCAGAGGAUCGAGCGGGCCACCAGUGCACUGCUACAGUCUGAGGACUGGGGCCUGAACAUGGAGAUCUGUGACAUCAUCAAUGAGACAGAUGAUGGACCCAGAGAUGCAGUCAAAGCAAUAAAGAGGAGAAUUAUUGGAAACAAGAACUUCAGAGAGAUCAUGCUAGCCCUUACUGUACUUGAGGCUUGUGUGAAGAAUUGUGGACACCGGUUCCAUGUUCUGGUGGCUUCCCAAGACUUUACUGAAGGGGUUUUGGUGCGAACCAUCCUGCCGAAGAACAAUCCCCCCACUGCCCUCCAUGACAGGGUGCUCAGCCUCAUACAGUCAUGGGCUGAUGCAUUUCGUAGCUCUCCCUCUUUGGCUGGGGUGGUUUAUGUGUAUGAGGACCUGAGGAGGCGAGGUCUGGAGUUCCCGAUGACUGACUUGGAUGCUCUCUCUCCUAUUCACACUCCACACAGAAGUGUUCCAGAAAACGGCUCUCCUGAGACGGUUCCUGUUAAUGCUCCUUCAUGUCAGUCAGAGCAACAACCAUCUGCCGUUGCUCCGACUCAAUAUACUUUGCCCCCAGCCCCGACCAAUGAGGGGCCAGUCUCCAUUUCACCUGAGCAGGAGCAGCGGUUGCGAAGUGAGCUGUCACUAGUGAAGGGAAACCUCACAGUGAUGUCUGAGAUGCUGAACCAGAUGACUCCAGGAGACAGUCAACAGGAAGACACAGAGCUUCUGCAGCAGUUAUACUCAGUUUGCAGAAGCAUGCAGACCCGCGUGAUUGAGCUUAUCCCCCAGCUGUUACAUGAAGGGCUGAUCGAAGAACUGCUGGUGGUCAAUGACGACCUCAACAAUGCCUUCAUUCGCUAUGAGAGGUUUGAGAGACUCAGUAAGGCACAAAGUACAACAACUGAGCAGCAAAGACAUGACAGUGGCCUCAGCCUUAUUGACCUUAGCCCCAUGCCACAGGCUGUCAGCCAGCCAGCAGUCAUCAAGACAACCAGCCAACCAGCAGUCAUCAAGACAACCAGCCAGUCAGCAGUGAGCACUCUGCCAAAUGAGAGGCAGGCCACCAGCCAUACUGCAGCAGAGGAGGAGUUUGACAUGUUUGCCCAAACCAGAGGCAGUUCCCUUGCUGAGCAAAGGAAAAGUGUUAGGUAUGAGGACCCAGGAGCCGUGGAGGGCCUGGCCGGAGCUCUUGAUACAAGGUUGCAGGUCACGGGAGUGAAUUCAUCAAAACAGAAUUCAGCGCUGGAUGAUACCGAUGGAUGGUUGCCCUAUGAUAUGCAAGGCCAGUCUGCAGUUUGUGAGGGAGUUUCCAGUGAAGAUUUUGACAAGUUUCUGGACCAGAGGGGGGGGGUGUCGGACCACAGUGGCCAGACAUCUCGCAGCGUGCUCCACUCCACCACCAGACCUCCACCACAAUCCACCCGACGACAACAAACAACACAUGACCAGCUUUUUUCACUUUGAGGUCAAGGCUGUAAAAGAGAAGUGGCUUUAGGUCAAACAAUUCAUGCAAUCACUAAGAAGACAUGUAAAACCCGACUUGGUACACAAAUUCAAUCAAGUCAGGUUUUUCCCGAAUCUUUUUUGAAUUUGUGUUUGUUUGAUAGCUUGCCUUACUCAUGAAAUUUUUUUUUUAAAUCCAGCUAUAUUAUGUGUUGUACUUUUGUACUGCAAAUAUGCAGUACUUUGAAUACAUUUGGUACUUUGAACCCACAAACUUCUCCCUCUAGUUCUCUUAUUAACUUCUUCACGCAAGAUACAUUUUAGGAAACCUGAGAAAUCCUAAAAUAAAUCCGCUCGUUACAGAAAUACAGUGUUGCCAAUUUAACUUUGCACUUUUGGUAGUACAUAACUCGUUUUGUGUGAAAUGUAUUUAUGAAGCUCAAGGUGUAAACUUAAUAAUGUAUAAUGUAUGAUUAUUUGAACAAUUUGUAUGAUGAUGAAAAUGUGUUCCACAUAUAUUCCUUGGUAACUUUGACCAAGACAGAGAUGUUGUCAUGUAACUUGGAAUAAACAGGGCAUUGUCCUAUAAACACAUUCCAUGUGGAUGAACAGUAUUUUGGUCUCCUACCUAGUAGGAGGGAGUGGCUCAUGUGGCAAUUGCUCAUAGGCUGCUUAGUCUCUGACCUGAGACUACUCCAGAUAAUGUUUUUUUCCUUUCAUUUUGUUGUAUUCAAUGACGGUAGACCAUUACAAUAUAAUUAAGUCACAUUUUUCUUUUUCGUAUACCCCUUCCCACCCCAACCCAUAUGUUGGGGGAAAAAUAUACACACUAACAUCUAAAUCCAUUAAGUGGUGUGAUAUGCUGCAGCAUGAUCCCUUUGAGCGAGCGUAGCUUCUACACAGGGAACUGUGCCACUCUGUCCUUAAUACUCCGGUUUCCUCCCACAGUCCAAAGAAUGUGGGUCAGGUGAAUCGGCCAUACCACAUCUGCCAACCUCUACGCAUUCUGCGUAGUCACUCCGCAUUUUGAGACCAAAAUACGCGACGACGAGUUGAUAGAUCAAAAUACGCAUAAGAGCUGCCUUUAAAAUAAAUGCUUGGCCGCUCUGAUGGCCGAGCGGAAUAAACCGCCGUUCUUGCAAUCCACUCGUCAUGUGGCUGGGAGGUUCGUAUCCCAGGCUCGCCGUAACCGGUCACGGCCAGAGCGUCCACGGGGUAAGGCAUUCAUUAGGCCACCCUUACCCGAGGGAUAGUGGGUGUAGAUCGGUGUAGUGUUCGGGGACUCGUCGUUCUCCAGCGACCCCCCUGGCUCAUCCGGGCGCCUGCAGCCAAGCAACCGAACGCAUUCUCCCUACGUCUCCUUCACGGCCUGAAGGUAACGCAAUCCAUGAGAGACUUCAGCGUCUAAGAGAGCGAGAGCAGCUGACACGAAUUUGAAGGAAGCUGGUGUUACGACUAUCUCCUUCCUGUGGAAACGUGAGCCAGGGGAGUUAUUCGACUAGAGUUCCGGCCAUAUGCCAUUGGGUUAAUCGGGUGGGAUAAGGGGGAAAACUAGAAAUAAAUUUAUUUAAAAAAAUGCUUGAGUGAUUUUAGGCCUCCAUAAAACUUUUUAGUUUAUUUUGGGCUUCAAACUGACCCCCCCCCAUGCAAGCCUAACAUGGUGAGCAGUCAUGAAUCCCAAUGACUGGCGGUUUUGUUUUUUUAUUUCAGUAUUCAAUAAAUAAGUGUU